AUGGUGAGUGAGUGGUUUAAGGAAUCGUUGGCGCGCACAACUAUUAUGAGCGAUCUUCAGCGCGGCGGUGCGGGAGUAGCAUUAGACAAACGGUCCCGUAGUGCGGACAACCUUGCGGUUGUUGGUGGGAGAGAGGUUGGUACGUUGGCCAACAGUCGGUUCCCGAGCGCUCCGAACUUGGUGGACCAUGAGUCAGAGAUGGCCUUUGUGAUACAUCGAUGUAACAGCAGCAGUAAUAGCAGCAGCAGCAGCAGCAGCAAGCGCAUUCCACCAUUCAACUAUUACGACUGCAUCAAUCCAACAUCCGCCCCAUCAACAACGCCCCCAACGGGUCCGAUAGAGUAUGGGGAGUAUCAGGCGACGCCGCCGACCAAAUCCCGAUCCGUCCAGAUGAGUUUCUUGGAUGAUCUCGUACCGCAGAAAGGGCGUCGGCUGCGGAAACAUUUUAACGAGCUGGAACCGUUCGAUGGUCAGUGUCGGUUCUGGACCGAUUCCCCAUUGGAGCGGAUACAUCCGGAACAGGGUUGCAUACCCAUCCUGAAGGCUGUUUACUUUUCGCGCAAUAACAAUGAUCUAGACAAGGAGAACGCCCACUUUAAACUGGCCGAAGCACUUAUUUCGACCUUCGAGUUACUCAAGUGGAAAAGCUUUCUGAGUCGCACUCCGAGCAAUCUGUCGAAUUUUGAUUGGGAGUUGCCUAGAGAAGCAAGCGUUACAGUUCCGGUCGCAAGUGGCAGUACACGGAAAGGUACGGUUACGGCAAGCCAAUCCGAUACGGAUCCGCUAGAUGAAAGCUGCGAGGCGAUCGAGGCAAAGGAAAGCAUCUACGACGAGCGAACGUACUCGGCGGAAGAGAUAGCCAUAAGUUUGCUGGGGAAAUUCCACGACAAACAGCUUCCGUCGGCGUGCGACUUUCUUUGGCUGGUGUCGGAACAGGACGCACCACAGAAGCUGCUGCCGGUGCCGAGCGGUGGCGUAAUCGAUCCAGAUGAAUCGUCACAGCACCCACACGACACGGGUACGCUUAUACGUGGUACGCAAGAGUGGGCACCACCCCGUCCACAGGUCAUAUUCACCUACCAACCACCUCCGCUAGAACGUCGCGCACAAAUCAUUCGGCAGAGUAACCGAUGUGAGGGGUGUGGCAUUAAGGUGAAUCCGACAUAUUUGAGCCGCUAUCGGUAUUGCCACUACACGGGAAAGUACAACUGUUCCGGCUGCCACAAAAACCAGAUGGCCAUUAUACCGGCACGCGUCAUACAACGGUGGGACUUUACCGUACUUCCCGUUAGCGUAUUUGCGUACCGUGUGUUGGGUGAUAUCUGGAGCACACCACUGUAUCGUGUAAAUCAUCUUUAUCCCGAACUGUACAGUAACGUGAAGAGUUUACGCAUCGUACGGCAGGCUCGUGUAAACGUAAAGUACGCCAAGGACUUCAUCAUGAACUGCCGCCAUUCGAACAGUUCACGCCGUGUCUUCCAGGAAGUGCCUGAAUAUUAUAUCUCCGACUUUGACAUGUGGUCGAUGGCGGACUUUCUCGCUGUUAAGAGUGGCGCACUGUUGCGACUGCUUCACUCGAUUGUGGCGCGCUGUGAGCGUCACAUUCUAUCGUGCGAGCUUUGUCUCGGACGUGGCUUUGUGUGUGAAAAGUGCAUCGGCACCAGGCGGAAGGAACUGUGCGAGCUGUUUCCUUGGCAGCCGCGCGUGAUUCGGUGCGAACAGUGCGGUGCCUGCUACCAUGAGGCUUGCUGGCGGAAAGACAAGAGCUGCGAACGAUGCAACCGGAUGCUGCGUCGUCGGACCGCCGGAGCAGGAGCAGAACAAACGGAAAAAUGCUAGUUGAAGGAGCGUGUAGGAAGACGUGACGCAACAUCACGCUAGAAGCAAAACGUAAACGAGGCACGGAUGCUGCGAACACGGAUGCAAGACAAAAGCUCGCGGAAUGUGUUAGGUCGUGUGAGGUGAAAGGAAUUAAUUUAUUUUAGCUGUCAUCUAAUCUCAUGCUAGGUCCGUAUAGGAUGGUGUAGUGUGUACAGCUUACGUUUAUCUCUAUUUUGUCCAACGACAAAACGCGCGGUUCAAUCCUGAAUGCUAUCCAACUGCAUGACACACGUUUUUGUCCGGGGCUAUUUACAUGUAUAAAAUAUAUACAUAUAUAUACACACACACACACACAGAAAUUUCCAUAACUGAAUAGCUAAUGUUGCGUAUUGUGCGACUCAUUACACGCGGCUUAGACCUGUGCCUUACCGAAACAGAGGUCAUGAACGUCAAUCAUGAAGGAGGCGAAAGAACACUGGGGGGGGGAAUAAAAACUUAAUCCCCACCUGCUCCGCAAAACCAUCCUAAGCGAGUUGAUUCGGAGAAGAAGAAGAUAUAAUGACCUUCGGCGAGGUCGGCGUGAGAUGCUGCGGACACGCGGAAAGCUAUGCGGAUGUGAUGGUGGGCUGCGUUAAGGCUUCAAAGGCAAACAGUACCGAACGACACAAUCAUUCAUUCGCGUACCACGCAUACGGGAACAACAUACCCAGUCAAGCUGCAUAAGGCUCUGCUCAACUACGGAAUGGUGCGACUUAACGUAUCGUGGCUGGCCGAUCGGAACAGGCGC